GCUUCUUGGGAGUGGAGGCACACAGCAUUACCUGACCCCCUUGCAGUGCUCGGUUCCCUAUACAAGGGGAUCCCAGCACAGUAUGGAACAGUUCCCAUCUGUGCUCCUUUCUAGAUUGGGAACGUGACUUGCAUCACUGGGAAACACUGUUAAAGCACAGUUUAAGGAUGUUGGAGCUUGGUGAUGCUAACCCGGUUGGUGAAAGUGAUCUGGCUUCCCAACCCAUGUUCAGGAUUGGACCUCUGGGAGAUGCUGAGGUGAUGGAGCAAAAGGCAGGGCUGAAGGAGGUGUUUCCCCAAGGAAGCAGUGGCUCAUUGGCAGCCCUAGCUGCAGGAAGGAAGGCGAUGCCAGACACGGGCACAGGCACAGCAGAUGCAGCUGACCCCACAACACAUGUUCCUGAUGCCCAGAAAGGCCUCGGAAGGGUCUUCUAUAUGGGAACAGGCUGCUGGGCAGGGUUAAUGGCAGGCCUGCUUUUUUUGGACCUUAUUCUCAUGUUGUGCUGUGUCAAAAUCUGGUGUAACUGGAAGAAGAAAUGUUGAACCUGAUGAUAAAGGCGAUCCAGCUUCUAAACCCAUGUCUGUGAAUGACCGUCUGAGAGAUGCUGAGGUUUCAGGUGUGUCUGCAGGGAGGACUUUUCAGACUCCUUUGCUGGUUACUGCACGCAGGCCUGGCUCCCAUCACAGGGGUCCUCCGAGGGGAAAGAACAAAGCUACAGGACACAAGGAAUCCCAUGAGCCAUCUGAACACAUGAGGCAAAUGCUGAAGGAAAUGCAGCAGGCAGGAGGACAAGGAGAGCCUGUGCAGAUGGAAGCAUUUCCCAGAGGAAGCAGUGCUUCCAUGCCAGCCUCUGCUGCAGGAAGGGAGGCGAUGCCAGGCACAGGCACAGGAGAUUGGGAUCGGGACGUGCAUCAUUUGGAAAUGCUGGUAAACCAUGGUUUAAGGUUCUUGGAGCUUGAUGAAGCUGAACUUGAUGAAGAUGAUGAUGUCGAUGAAGAUGAUCUGGAUUCCCAACCCAUACCCAUUACUGAGCCUCUGGAAGAUGCUGAGGGUGUGUCUGCAGGGAGGACUUUCCCAGGUCCAUUGGUGGAUGUUGCACGCAGGACCAGCUCCCGUCGCAGGGGUUCCCUGAGAAUGGAGAAAAUACCUAGAGGAGACAGUAAGUCCCUGGAGGCACCCAAACCCAUGGAGAAGUUGCCGGGUGAUCUGGAGAGACGCCGUGAUGCAGCCGGCAUCACAACACAUGCUGACAACAUCUGGGAAAGCACGAGAAGAGUUUUCUGCUGGGGAACACCUUGUUUGAAGAAGUUGAUGGCCAUUGUGGCUGGUGCAGCACUUUGCCUGAUGAUGUGCUGUGCUGCAAUCUGGUAUUGCUGGAAGAGAAACUGGCAUCACAUUGAAGAAAAACGGAAAGCUGCUGGCUGGUCACGAGAUCUUUACUGCUGGAAGAGCAACAGCAGCAUCUCCGACUCGGACGAGUUUUCGUUUUAGCACCUCCAAUCUCUACGAUGACUCGAGGUCGCCUCCUUCCAGGGCUGAAGGCGAAAGUCCCCAGGAAAGGCUGUGGGAAGUGAAGACUGACUGAGAGCUUCCAAAAUCAGCUUCAAAAAUUUCAAAGUAGUUUUGGAAUCUGGAGAAGACAACCUUAUUUUCUAUUAGCUUUUAAUUUUUAGAAAUAUUUAGAAAUAGUUUUUGUAGAGACAAAUCCCCCAAUGUUUCUUCCCCAUUUCCACAAUAUAUCUGUGUUUUUGAAAGUAGUUUUAUAGUUCUGGAAAGGUUUUUUGCACU